AUGGCAACGUUAGAAGGAAACAGAGAAAAAUUAUCCGAAGCAGAUAAGAAUUUGGACAUCUUAGAAGGUAUGACAGGACAAAUGCUUAACAAUGCAAACGCAAUUAAUGAAGAAAUUGUUGAUCAAAAUCAGAUGAUUGAUGCUACAAAUGCCAAAAUGGAUAUUGCAGAUCAAGGCAUUGUAGAUGUCACAAAAAAGGUAGAAAAACUCGGCCCUUCUAAAGCAGGAUAUUUUGCCUAUGCGUUGAUCUUCUUAGAAAUAAUAGGAAUUGUUCUAUUGUUUGUAAUCAAAUGA